AUGUCCGCCAUGUCGCCGUCGGCUCUUGCGGCCGUGCGAUUAGACCUAGAGAGCGAUCCCAACUGGACGCGACCGCGACGACAGACCAACCCAGAUCUGAUUCACCGGCCAUCUGUAUUACUUCGACAGGCCACACGUCGCAGCGCCGAUGUGUCGACCCUUCAGAACAGUCCCAACCACAACUACCCUUCGUCGCCCCUGGCGGACCAGAGACCGCGUACCAGCGGGAGCAUCACCCACACGUCGGUGACCUCCAGUAGUGCCACGGUGACGCCCACGAAAAGAACGUCAACAUCGUCCCACCGGUCGUCGCUGAGUGCAAGUGCUUUGUCUAAUCCCGCGUUGGCAGAAAUACCCUCUCGAAAAUACAACGCAUUACGGCUCUCGACUGGCUCGAUUGACGGGUUCGCCGAGAAUACUCAUCAUCAGCGUCAUAACAAUCUCGGUGGAGAGCCAUGCGCUGCACCCCGUGAUCCCGCGGCAACUAAUGCACCUGCCACGAGCACCUUCAACUCGCCCAAUUCAGUUUCCAACUAUCCCUCUUAUUUUUCCCAGGCCAGUCCCGGUUCUGAGACCGUACCACCGUCUUCCGCAUCUUCAUCAACUACGAAAAGACCACUCACAGCUCAACGCCUCGGUUCUGCGACCAGCCCGUCAGUUGCGAACAGCAGUGCGUUCAACGAUCGCCUCUUGCGCCCACCUUCAAAGCAAGCCUCGACACCUCAAACCGCGCGAUCAAACAAUAGUAACAGCCAGAACUCUCCCAGUAUAGAUGCCGUCUUGAAAAACAAGUCCAUCCUGAAAAAGGCUGGCUCAUCUGCUGACAUGGCGUCACCUUCACGGCAUCGUCGAGAGUCCACCCCACUGUCUCCUCGAAGCGCUGCUACUGCGAAUAACUUGCGAGGUGACGGCGCAUAUGAUGAUCCAGCGGCCGAUGAGCAGAAAGAUUACAGCACGGACGACACUCGCUCGAGAAGCGAUGAUGUCUUCCUCAAUAUCGCAAAGUCAAGCGUGAAUAGUCGGCGCAAUUCGCUCGGCAAGAUGGAUAGACGAAGGAAACUGGGACUGUCGGGCAUAUCUACUCGAAGCUCUCUUGCAAAAGAGCAGACUCCUUCUCCGGAACAGUUGAAAUACCAAAGCAGUCCGCUCUAUCCUCAAAGUGCAUCGCAAUUAUUCAACUCUAACAACUACUCAACUCCGUUAUCAGCAGCAUCAGCCCAUCCGUUAGACGACAGCUCUCGUCUCCGUCGUCCCUCCAAUACUGCAGGCUCCAGAUCUGUGGUCGGCAUGCCACGAAGCCGAUAUAACCAGGAAACUUCCCCGGAGUCACCGCACAUUGAUUUCAAAUCCUCCCUUGCGGAUGCGCGCUUGAGAUACUCCCAAAUAUCAAACCAAUCGUCACGAACUGUUCGACAGUCUUCUACGUCAGAUGCCGCGGAGCGCGCACGGCUGGAUGGAGAGAAAGCCAAACAUGAUGGGACUACGGAGUCGACCUUGUCUACGACCGCCCCUUCGACUGUAUGGGAUGAAUUAGAUGAUCUUAAAUCUCGGAUACGAAAACUUGAAUUGACCGGCAAGUUCCCCUCAUCGUCGGCUGCCGCCAUGUCGAAUGUUUCAGGCGAACGACCUCGUACGGCAGCCACAACAGCUACGACAUUAUCUUCGUCACCAAAGCAAAAGCACACUCGCAAAUCUAGUAUAUCACCAGAAGUUAUGGCUGGCGCGGCAGCCCCCAGUUCUAUACAAUCGCUCUUACAGUCAGCCCUAGCCAAAGCCAAGACCGCAGUUGGCCCAGAAGUAUACAAUGCGCUUGAAGCAACAGCAACAGAUGCGUUGACUUUAACCAACAUGCUAGCCUCGUCAACAACGGUGGUUUCCGGGAACUCGUCGACUGUGACUGGAAGCGGUCUUUCGGAGCGUCAAGCUAAACGCAAAGCGGAUGGUUUAUGUCGCGGAUUAACUGAAGUCUGUCUUGCACUGACAGAGGAACAAACCAUUACUCAGCCGAGUAAUCAGCAGCAACCGCAGGAGCAGAUCCGACCGCGAAGUCGUCGUCAAGCAAGCGUGGUAGGGGACAACAGUGAUGCUGUGUCUUCAAUUUCUACUCGAUUUCGUCGAAGUAUGAGCCACGAGCCGGAAACUACUGGUCAGCAAGACUCUGGACUACGAACAUUCAGUCGAUUAGAAGGCAACCGAGCCAACACUAUCAAUUACGGGUCUGUCGGACGCAGAGAACGAUUGUCGCACGACGAGACAGCCGCUUCGCCCCGUACCCCAUCAUUGGCUGCGCCCAGUUCUCGUCUUCAUCGUCUUUCCGGGUCUCAUCGAGUCAAGCGAGAAGAAGACUCGGACGAUCGAGGCUCAGUUUUCAGUCGUACGAUUACUAGUCGGGCCAUGACAGAAGCCGAAGGCUACAGCACGGACUCUCCAUCGGCUCGUUAUGCUACGCCUUAUCAACAAACACUAUCUCAGCCAGCCAAGGCGUCUCCAUCCCUGUCAUCCUCAAUAGCACAACGCCGCAGUUAUGCGACACCCCCCAGUGCAGGCUCAGGAAUUCCGACAGCGUCUAGUCUGAAGAUCCAGCCAGGUUUUCGGCGCUAUGGAGCAUCAAUGAUGGCGGAACGCGGCGCGUCAGAGCCUCCCGGUCAGAUCACCAGCGCCUUUUCUCCAACUCAAGGCUUACCACAAACACGCAUCUCGGCCCCAUCUAGCAAGAUGGCUACCAGCUACACUGCCAUACAGCAGCCUCGACUACGUAACGAAACCCUGGGGUCUCGUCGAUUAUUGCGAAUGCGUCCAUCAAUGAUCGGCACCAACAACGACCAUUAACCCUUUCCCAACAUCACGACUUGAACAUACAUAUUAUUAUUUUACGAUGCAUAUAACAUAUUCUUUACAUAUUGAUGUAUCUUACCCAGCGCAUAUGCAUGAAUUACAGUUCUAUCUAUUCCUAAAGGGAUACGAGUCAUGUCUAUUUUACAAGCGAGUCUUAUGAACCAUGAAUGACCGUUUCUAUUCUUCACGCGGAGUUGUUGUUGUUGUUGUUGCAUUGCUUCUUUGUUUCUUCUUGUAUCAUUUAGCGACAUCAUCAUUCAUACAUAUUUGUAUUUGAGUUUGUUGUUGUUUUUGUCUUCGGGAAGAAGUUUUGAGUCGAUGCAUUUUAUUAUGGCGUUUGUGGGUUCCUUAUUAUGUUUUUG